UACCAUUCCAGCGUUUGAAGCAGUUGUGGGUUAACUAAAAAUAAGACGGGCGCAAUUAUUACGCCCUAUUAAAGUUUUGACCACAGCUUUGCGUAAAAAAGUUUGCGCAAGAUGCGCAUUUGGCAGAUUCUCGUGUUGUUGCUCCUGGUAACAACUCUGGUGGAAGCCAGAGGAAGAAAGAAAGGUGGGAAGAAGAACGGCAAGAAGAAUGGUGGCAAAAAGUAUGGUGGCAAAAAGUAUGGUGGCAAAAAGUAUGGUGGUAAAAAGAACGGUGGGAAAAAGUCCGUUGGAAAAGCUCGUCCAGCUGUACAACUGAAGUUUGACAAACUGUGCACUGGACGAAAAGAACUGGACUUCAUUCCUAAUGCACAGGAUGUAUGCCAGUAUUUCCGAUGUGAGCACGACAGCAAUAACAAUCUUGUUAAAGCAAUCGUGAAGAGUUGUGCUCCCGGGACUUUCGUGAAGAAAAACUACAGAGCUGGGAUUCAAAACCCAUGCGUCGGAAACCUUCAGGUGGACAAAAGUGUCACAUGUGGACAUCCCCACGGAUAUAGUCCUAGUCCUAAAGGUGGAAAGAAGAACGUCAAGAAUUACGGAAAGAAGAACGGAAAGAAGAACGUCAAGAAUUACGGAAAGAAGAACGGAAAGAAUUACGGAAAGAAGAACGUCAAGAAUUACGGGAAGAAGAACGGAAAGAAGAACGUCAAGAAUUACGGAAAGAAGAAUGGCAAGAAUUACGGAAAGAAGAACGGCAAGAAUUACGGAAAGAAGAACGGAAAGAAUUACGGAAAGGAGAACGGAAAGAAUUACGGAAAGAAGAACGGAAAGAAUUACGGAAAGAAAAACGGCAAGAAAUACGGAAAGAAGAACGGAAAGAAUUACGGAAAGAAGAGCGGCAAGAAUUACGGAAAGGGCAAUACUGGACUCGUACCAGCUGGAGAUAUCUUUGACGAAGGAUGUGGUGUCAAUCUUGCCAUUGUCAUGGAUAUGUCUUGCAGUGUUAAGAUGCCCAACAAGAAACGCAUGAUUGAGGCAGUGACUGCGUUGGUUAAUAUGAUCAAAAUUGGAAAAGACGACUCGCUAAUUAGUAUCAUUCGUUUUGAUUACAAAAGCCGGGUUGUUGCUCGAUUUGGAUCUUCUCAAGCUGAAAUACUAAAAGCACUGGAAGAUAUGGACAUGAAAGCCGACAAGUGUCGAACUGAAACUUUCCACGCGCUAAACAGAGCAAGAAAAAUGCUUCGCAAAUUGAAAAAUGGGAAACCAAAUGUGGCAUAUAUAUUGACGGAUGGGAGAACAUACAAGAAGGGGGGAAAGAAACUUACGCUUAGAGCCGCAAAUGCCAAUCACAAGGCUGGUAUUUUCACGCUUGUUGCAGCUCUUCCAGCAGGUCAUAGGAAGACGGCAAAACUUAAUGAUGAAUUCAGAGCAAUUGCUUCUAAAGGUGCAAAUGGGAAAAAACUUCUCUUUGCUGUCAAUAGCUUUGAUAAGUUGAAGAAAUUCAUGCAAGAAGCUGUAUCUGACAUUUGCAAUGCACCAGUAAUUCCUGACACCCUUGACCCAGAUGUCGGCGCUGAACUAGACAAGAAUGUUGAUGACUUAGAAGUUGCAGAUGAAAACCUGGCACCAGUAAUUCAAUAUGGUCCACCGAGCAAGAACAAAAUCAUAACUUGCAAGGUUGAUGUUAUGCUAACAAUGGAUACGUCAUGUAGUGUAAGGUGGAACAAUAAAUUGAAGGUUCUGGAGAACUUCGUGAAGCUUACUGGAAUGUUUAAGCAUGGUGAAGAUGCCGUUCAGCAAGGCUGUAUCCAGUUUGACUUGGGAGCCCGACCUUGCGGAGACGAAGGAUUUGCACAGACAAAUGAUACUGCGGAGAUAAUGGCCCAAUUGGCUCGAACAAAUCUCAAGAAGGAAGGCUGUAGAACUCACACUUAUGCUGCUCUAGAAAUGGCUGGAGUAACUCUGAUUGAAGAGGGGCGUCCAGGUGUUCCAAAAGUACAUGUCGUUGCAACUGACGGUCAAACCUUUAGACAAGGCGAAGGACCUCUUACAAUGAGUGCUGCAGCUCUUAACAAUAGGGCUGGCAUAAAUACUUUCGUAUUUGCUCUCCCCGCCGGAGAUAGAAAACAACCAUCUAACAGCCGUGAAUUCGCCGCAAUGGUCAGUAAACCAGAAAACCUUUUUAGCCUGUCGAGCUAUGACGAUCUCGAAGGGGCCUUAGCUGUUCUUGGUAAAAAUAUUUGUGGAGAGAAAGAAGGUGAAAAUACAGUGACAGAACAAGAAUGGGAAGAUUUGGAAGAAAAUAUUGGUGUUGCCGUUGAAGACGAUGAGAAAAAUGGACCUGAGGAACCCAUUCAGUUCCCUGAACCAGAAAUCUUCAAUGAACCACUUAAGCCAGAAGAUGACAUCCAGAUUGAUCCUGAAGCCGUUGACGAAAAUGAAGUAACCGAAAGUAACUUUGAUGGUGAACAAGGUGGUGGUGGACGAGACCGCCCACUACAAACAGGCAACGAUGUUUUACCCGAACCACAAGUGGAAGUUGAUCCAGUGCCCGAAACAAUAACUAAAAAAACUGGAAAGAAAGGAAAACGGCCAAAUGUUAAGGGCAAGGGCAAAAAGGGCAAAGGAAAGAAGGGCAAAGGCAAAAAGGGCAAAGGAAAAAUACCAAGAGAGUGCAAAGACAGAGAUGAGACGUUAUGUAAAGAAAAAGCAGUUCGGGGAGAAUGCAAACGCUAUCUAAGGAAAGCGUGUCCCGUGUCUUGUGGAGUCUGCGAACCAUCAGCCAACGAGCGACCCAAGGCCGUCCCCGAAGCAAGCUAUAAACAAGGCAGCAACCCAGCUGAGAUCAAUCUUGAUGGUACAAAGAGUACUGAUGAUAAAGAAGUGGUUGAAUAUAUCUGGAGAGUCGUGUCACCUAAGCCUAAUGAUAUUAAGAUAGAUACGGCAGAUGCCCCCGAAGGCACGGCUGUUGCUUCCAACGCUGAACCUGGGCAGGAAGUGACGUUUAAGCUCAUUGUCAAGGACGGAGAAGGUCUCCGUGAUGCAGAAACAGUGACUGUGAAGAUACCAGAGGGUCCAGUUGCUGUUGCUGAAGCUGAGCUCGAUGAUACAAAAGAGACAGUAGAACUCGAUGGAACAAACAGUUUUAGUCCCGAUAACACACCUAUCGCAGACUACUUAUGGGCACCUGUCGAUGGGCCCGCUGACAUCGAAAUUGAUGACGAGACAAAACCAGUGACAACAUUUACAGCACCUGUCGGUGGCACAUACACGGUAUCAUUGACGGUAACUGAUGAGAAUGGACUCACGGGAUCUGGAAAUGUGGUGGUUGAAGUACCCGAAAACGAAGCUCCUGUGGCAAAUCCCGAAGCUACUGUAAGACCAAGCAGUGACCCAUCUUUAGUUGAUUUAGAUGGCUCUAAGAGCACAGACGACAAAGAGGUUACACAACACCAGUGGACACUUGUCUCGCCAGAUGACUCAAAUGUUGAAUUCAGUGAUGAUACUUCACCAAUGACCGAGGUUAGUGGAGUGACUCCAGGUGUAACAUAUACCUUCGAUCUUACGGUAUCUGACAAAGAAGGACUUACAAACGCUGAGACUGUUACCAUUAUGAUUCCAGUUGCACCAGUUGCGGCUGCAGAAGCUGAACUAUUGGAUGAUCCUAGUACAGCCAAGCUCGAUGCAAGCGAUAGUGAAUCGCCUGCAGGAUCCAAGCCUGAAUAUGAAUGGACUGUUGAAGCCGUUCCCAAUGGAGCAGAUGGUCCUACGAUCAAUGACCCAUCUGAGCCUGAAACAACCCUCGAAGGGCUUGAACCAGGGAGCUACACAUUUAAAGUGGACGUAACAGACCCUGAAACCGGUCUGUCAGACUCCAAAUCGGUUGUCUUGGAUGUACCUAUCGUAGAUAUGGAACAGCCUCAAGUCGAUCCAAUCGUAGAUAUGGAACCAGAAGUGGGUGCCCCUGCUCCAGUUGAUCCAGUCGUAGAUAUGGAACCAGAAGUAGGUGCCCCUGCUCCAGUUGAUCCAGUUGUAGAUAUGGAACCAGAAGUAGGUGCCCCAGCUCCAGUUGAUCCAGUCGUAGAUACGGAACCAGAAGUUGAUGCCCCAGCUCCAGUUGAUCCAGUCGUAGAUGACGGGCCAGUUGUAGGAUUACCUGUUCCAGAAGAACCAGUCGACGAACGGGAAUCUGAUCCACGAGGUCCAAGAGGUCCAAGACCUGGUCCCUCAAAUGAUUUUGUUCAACCACUGCCAUACCCCGUGGACGUAAAUGAGCCCGCACCAGAAGAAACACCAUUCGAAACAGAUGAUACGGAUUACUUCAACCCCCCUGUAAUACAUCCACCCAAGACACCAAAGAGCCUUGGCAUGGCAUCAGGUGUUAUUCCCGAUGGAGCAAUCAAAUCUAGCUCAGAACUACCUGACAACGGACCACUUAUGGCCCGACCAACCAGCAAUAGUUGUUGGAAACCAGCAACGGAUAACGACUCAGAAUGGAUUCAGGUUGAUGUUGGUACUGUUAUGGAAAUCCAUGGUUUCGGUACCAUGGGAGGUGGUAAUGCCUCACCUAGCGACUGGACAACAUCAUAUUACGUAGAAUACAGUACUGAUGAAAUAAACUGGACCCCAGUUACCAUGAACAACUCAAAUGCACCUUUGUUGCUCAAAGGAAACACUGACGCGUAUUCCUGGAAACAGAUUUGCCUUCACAAACAUUUGGGACAUCCCAUCACCGCUAGAUACUUUAGGGUUAAACCAAAGGAUUCAAACGGUUCACCUUGCCUCAGGGUCGAACUCUACGGCUUCAGAGAUCCCGCUGAUCCUGCACUGUUGGAAGUACUGAAGGACGACAUGUGGACUAAAACCACAACGGGAUGUAACUGUUAUUUUGACACGACUGAUGACUCAUGCGCGUGUUGUGAACCAGGUGGUGCCCAGUGCCCCAAGAGUAACAAACAUCAAUGCGUCAAGUCUGGACAGAAUGGAGAUUGUGGAGAAGUCGAACUGCCGGAAGAGGACGCAGUAAAUCACUGGACGAAGGAUAUUGAAGUAGAUACAUGUCCAUGUGAUUAUGACGCAUCAAAACAAUGUGCAUGUUGUAAGGACUACGGUAUCCAAUGUGGGGCCCUUAAACACGACCAAUGCGUUGCUCCAGGUUCUAUUCUGACUGAUGUCUGUGGAAAGGAUCCCAAGUUCAGCGACCCUACUCCAGAGGAAAAAGAAGAACAGGAGAAAACAUGCACUCCCGUGGUCUGUCCUGCUAAAUAAAUAAGUGCCAGAAUACAUUUUCUUGACAAUGCAGCUGAUAUGAAUCUAACAUUGUAUCACUUAAUUAAAUAACUUACAAGAACAUUGAUGACUCAGCCUAGCACUGAAUGCUGCUAAUAAAUUUAUUGUCGGGCCUUUGGAUUUCAAGGAGAAGAGAACAUCGAAUUUUGAUAUUACAUCUUGAAAACUAGUCAUUAAAAAAAUGGAACGUUCUUUAGUCAGAGGAAAACUCAUUUUAACCUAAACGAUUCUAACCACCUUAAAAUCUAAAGGUCCAGUAUAUUUAUUCAUUUUAUAGACGUUUUCUAAUGAUUUCAAGGAGAGAAGCAAUGUGUCAUUUAAUUUAUCCGACCAAAUGUUGAAGGAACUCAAAGCCUCUGCUAAAGAAAAUAUGUGUUUUAAUGUGCACUUAUUGCAUAAAGUCUAUGGUUGUUCGAAACUUAUCCAUGUUAUCUCAUUGGAUGGGGUACUUUUGAGGAAAGGCGUCAAUGAGCUCAUAUAGUUGAUCCAUGGCUUUGUUAAAAUUGAAGUAUAUGACCAUACUUCCUCUGACGGCCUUGGAUUUAGUGUGCAUAUUUUCUUUAGUAUGGCUCUGAAAUGUGAAGACCACGUGAUGAAGCUCGCUUGUGAUUAUGUAUAGUUCUUAUUUCCUGGAGUAUUAGAGAGUACCGAUGUACCGCGGCCGAAGAUUGCCGAAGAUAUUUCAAGUAACUAGGUUUCUUUAAGGGCUAGUGUUGGAAGCAUUUUCGGCCAUUAUCAGUUUCGAUGCAAAAAAUUUUACUCUGUAAUAACCGUCACCAUAAACACUUUAUGGAGUAUGGUCGAAAAAAAGUAAUGCACAAGAUAUGGUUUGGGUCUACGGGGUAGGUAUGAAGUACACUCCGUAUUGAAUCACCUCAUGACCGUGUAGUUGUUUACAGUGAGUACUGAAUAAACGUAUGAAGCUAA